CGUCUUUAGUGAGGUCCUCUCGGCCACCGUAUACGCGCAGGUCUGUUGGAAAACUCUUUUCUGGCAUGAAUAACAACGUAUGAUAUUCCACAGAAACUGCUUCAAUCUUGUGUGAUCAUGACAGAGUACUCACACGUAAAGUCUACCAAACUGGUGCUAAAAGGAUUAAACGAUAAGAAAAAGAAGAAAAAGAAGGACAAGAAGAGAAAAAGAGAAGAUGAUGACGACAAGCUGGAUGUCGUUGGAGGAUGGUGGGCAGUGAAGAGUUUUGGUGAGAUCACAGGCUCAGUGGCCAUAGAGAUGCACAGCAACUCCUACAUUCAUGCACUGGAUACUGGACUCUUCACUGUAGGAGCUCCACAUAAAGAGGAUGAAGGUCCAGAUCCUCCUGAACAGUUCACUGCCAUCAGACUCUCAGACUCCAGGAUAGCACUGAAGUCAGGCUAUGGGAAGUAUUUAGGUAUAAGCUCAGACGGUGUUGUGAUUGGUCGAUCAGAUGCCAUCGGCUCCAGAGAACAGUGGGAACCAGUGUUUCAGGAUCGUAAAAUGGCCUUACUUGCUGCAAACAGUUGUUUCAUCUCGUACAGUGAGAACGGAGACAUAGUGGCCAAAAACAAGACGGCUGGAGAUGAGGAGAUGAUCAAGAUCCGUUCAUCCGUCGAAAGAGAGGUGAAGAGUAAAGACGAUAUUGCGGAUGAAGACAGGGGUAAUGUCAAGAACUGUGAGCUCAACUACGUGAAGAAGUUCCAGAGUUUUCAGGAUCGGAAGCUGAGGGUGAAUGAGGAAGACAGCAGUUCUCUGAAAGUAGCCAGAACAGAUGGAAAAUUCCACGAGGCACUGCUGGACAGGAGAGCAAAGAUGAAGGCUGACAGAUACUGCAAGUGAAACCAGGAGAAACCUUUUUUAUGUUUUAUUUUCACAUUGUCAUAAAAUCUCUGCCAUUUUUUUUAAAUAAACCAUUCACUGUUCACGAGAAACAUGACUAUGAUUUCCAUUACACGGCAAGAACUAAGAUGUAGCUUUACAGUAAACUAUGCUUCUCCAUCCAUUUA